CUUCAUUACUCUUCCAAGCCCUUUUCAUACUACUACUUUUUCUACCAACCUCUUAUCCCAGCUGUGUUACCAGAUCAUACUCUCUUUGCACUAUCUCGCUGUCUUGAGCAACCCGAAGAAACAUCUUUGAAUCUAAUAUAUUGAGCUGUCAAUGGGAUCCCAUAGUCACCCUCCCAGAAAAUGGUCACUAUCAGAAGAUCAGAAGCUAAGAGAAGGAGUUGAAGCUCAAUUGAGAGAAGGAGAAGUCAAAGAUUGGUGCAGAAUUGCUGAUAGUCUGCCUGGUCGAACAAACAAAGACUGUCGAAAACGGUGGCACAACUCUGUGGCAGGGGGGCUCAAGAAGGGACAAUGGUCAAAGAGCGAGGAUGAUUUACUAGCAAGAGGAGUUGAAGAACACGGCCAAAGAUGGACAGUAAUAGCAAACUGUGUGGGAACAAGGAGCGCAGAUCAGUGUGCAAAGCGGUGGCAACAGUCGCUCGAUCCAAAUCUAGACCGAAGUGAAUGGCAAGAAACUGAUGACAAUGAGUUGAUCGAGGCGGUUCGGCAACUUGGGCGUCAUUGGAAGGAUAUUCAACGAGAGCAUUUCCCAGAAAGAUCGAAGAACGAUAUCAAGAAUCGCUACACAGUCUUGGUGCGGCGGUAUCAGAACCAAGGCAUCACUCUCGCAAACGCUCCAAGCUCUCCAUCCGAUUGCGGUACACCUGCUCCGUUCCCCAACUACCCAGAAGACGAUGGUUAUCUAUCUCCAAACUCAGCAAUGUACGAUUCCCUUCUACACACCCCGUCACCGAGAGGACAUCGCCUCUCGUGGUCAAGUAUCGACAACGACGCAUACUCAACAUGGUCCUCUCCACAAGCAUACACCAUGCCUACCGCUGUAGCCGAUCAACAUACCCAUCAGUCGUCAGCAACCCUGCCUCAAUACGGAUACACCCAGCCACCACCAAUAAACCCAAACAUGCCUUCACUAUGGGAUCAAACGACCUCGUACAUGCACCCUUCAUCACCAUCGCUACACACCGGCGGCGCAUCCACAACCCCUUCGAUUCAGGGCUAUAGCAACUAUCCAGUUGCCCAGCAACCAAUCAUGUCGCGAAGUCCGGUCUACACAGCCCCCACGGCCCACGCUCCGUAUGCCACGAUGCCACAUGGACCGCCACGUCGAACGUCUGGUCAGCAGGAUUAUAUCGCGACAACAUCGCCAAUGUAUCAGGAUCCUAGAAACUCGCAAUAUUCCUAUUACCCUUCUUGAGGCUGUGCAAAACCGGUCAGGGACCUGACAGGGGAAACAGCCUUGGCAUCUUUCAUUUGACCAUAGAUUAGAUUUGUGCAAAUAUGUUAGCUAUGUAAUUGGGUAGGUAGUCGGAGGGAGGGCUGGGAAGGAAGUGUGACUCUUCACAGGCAUUUUUUCUUGAAUCCUGUAAUGCAACAUUGUAACGGUAUUUGUUUCCGCCUAUCCACCGCAUGUUUUCUUCUCCUUCUUCCUUGC